CGUAGUGGGCGGGGCCGGAAGUGCCGCUCCCUGGUGGGGGCUGUUCAUGGCGGUUCCGGGGUCUCCAACAUUUUUCCCGGUUGUGGUUUUAAAUCCGUCUAAAACGGAGGCAGCGGAGCUGGAGGUUCUUGCUGGUGUGAAAUGACUGAGUACAAACUGGUGGUGGUUGGAGCAGGUGGUGUUGGGAAAAGCGCACUGACAAUUCAGCUAAUCCAGAACCACUUUGUAGAUGAAUAUGAUCCCACCAUAGAGGAUUCUUACCGAAAACAGGUGGUUAUAGAUGGUGAAACCUGUCUGUUGGACAUACUGGAUACAGCUGGACAAGAGGAGUACAGUGCCAUGAGAGACCAAUACAUGAGGACAGGCGAAGGCUUCCUCUGUGUAUUUGCCAUCAAUAAUAGCAAGUCAUUUGCAGAUAUUAACCUCUACAGGGAGCAAAUUAAGCGAGUAAAAGAUUCAGAUGAUGUACCUAUGGUGCUGGUAGGAAACAAGUGUGAUUUGCCAACAAGGACAGUUGACACAAAGCAAGCCCACGAACUGGCCAAGAGUUACGGCAUUCCAUUUAUUGAAACCUCAGCCAAGACCAGACAGGGUGUCGAAGAUGCCUUUUACACACUGGUAAGAGAAAUACGCCAGUACCGAAUGAAAAAACUCAAUAGCAGUGAUGAUGGGACUCAAGGUUGUAUGGGGUUGCCAUGUGUGGUGAUGUAACAAGAUACUUUUUAAGUUCUGUCAUCAGAAAAGAGCCACUUUCAAGUUGCACUGACACCCUGGUCCUGACUUCCCUGGAGGAGUAUUCCUGUUGCUAUCUUCAGUCUUACAAAGAAGCUCCUGCUACUUCCCCACCUCUCAGUAGAUCAGUACAAUAUUCUCUAGUUGAGACGUUCUCAGAACAACUACCUCCUCACUUGGUUGUCUGACCAGAGAAAUGCCCCUCUUGUUACUCUUUGGUAUUUUUCUGCCCUUGGUUCUCCCUAACACACAAACACACCUCCGCUACCCCAGAUUUCUCAUCAGAAAAGCAAUUUGUGCUCUGAAACAGAGAACCAAACUAUAGACAUGAAAUUCUGUUGAAAACAGUGUCUUGAGCUCUAAAGUAGCAACUGCUGGGUUUUUAUUGUUUGUUUGUUUUUUAUUUUUUAUUUCAUUUUACUGUCAAACUUAGUUUGGAGAAAUAUCAUAAAUUGCUGUUUUGCCAAGAAUAUAGUAAAUGUUGCUGUUUGGUUUGUUUGUAAUGUUAUCAGUUAUAUUCUAUAAACUGGCAUCUGCUCUGUGUUCAUAAAUACAAAAGUGAAUACCGACUUGGGAGUCCAUCCUAGUCUUCUCAACUUCCAUGUAAUUAAAUCCAACUUUCACAACAAAGUGCCUUUUUCCUAGAAGGGGUUUGAAGACUUCCUUUACAAUACUUCAGUGGAAUUGAUUUCUCAAAAAUUGUUUUGCACGAAAAUGAAUGUCUGAGCUGCACCUAUGACUUGACCUCCCUUGAGGGAGAGCCACACCCGCGGGAGAGCGGGUGCCUGUGCGUAUAUGUAGAAUUUGGUUUCCCAGAGGCCUGAGGGGACUUUCCUAACAGAAAGAAGGAAAACAUGAAUAAUUUUACUUAAUGUUUACCUAGUAAUCUCCACUUUUUUGUAGGUUACUACCUAUAAAAUAUAUGUAAUUUGUUCAUUAGAUAAACUCCUUCAUACUCAAAUUUGUGUUAUAAUAGAAAGCUCUACAUUUGCAGGAGUUCAGAUAAUUAUAAAAAUUUGGUGUGGUAUUGUCAGCUCUGAUGAAUGAUUUUCAAACCUCAAAUACAGCGUAUGAACAGACAAAUUGCCUUUUCCCUCUGCAUCUUGAUAUCUCAGUGGUACAGGUUAUUGGCUUCAGUCCGUUCUUGUCCGCUGUCAACCCCUGACCCCACAGCAGGAGGGGCUUGGUUAUUUCAGUUGAAUAAAGCAUGGUGCUGAUGGACCAGGGUCACAGUUUCAAAACUUGAACCAGCCAGUUAGCAUCAGAGAGAAAUUUUUCCACAUUUUCUCAUAGCACCAGUAACUUAAGCUAAUAACUUUGCUAGGUGCUUGCUGUUAGCUCUAAAGAAAGAAGAAGUCAGUUAGCACAAGCCCUUUACCAUGACUGGAAAAACUUGCUAUCCCAAGGAGGGUCAGCUCAGACCCUUUUUGUUAGCCACAUGGGAACUCUUAAGCCAAUAUUUUUCUCUCUCUCUCUUCUCUUUUUUUUUUUUGAGAAAAAUGUUUUAAGUUAGCUUUAUUAUAAUGUUCUUUGGAAGGUUUAAAACUAACUGGAUGAGUUUGUUCAAAGCAAGAAGUAGCCUUUGGAUUGGAAUUGCUAUUUGAGACAAGAAUAGAAAAUAAAAUUAAUUGAUAAUGAUGAGGUGUUUAGAAGCUCAGCAUUUCCAUUGCAGAUAAUACUCUGAUAAUUCUGAUGCAAAACAGACUUGGAUAACUUGUGAUAAAAGACCAGUUGCAAAAUUGCCACUUUCUGUUUUGGUUUUCUAAUGUGUAAAUACAUAUGUCUUCCAUCUUCUAAUAUGAAUUUUCAUUUAUUAAGAAUUUGAAAUGAAUUCAGAAGAGGGAAAGAAACACAUACUGUGUCCCGAGUGCAGUGAGCCCAGAGAGUAGUGCUCCUCAGUGUGAUUCUGGGAGCUUUCACAGCACUGUCAGCAUCUAGGAACGGAAACUUGGCUAUUCUGUUUCUGCUUUUUUAGGAGCAAUGAUUGCUCUGUAAUUUUCCUGAGGCUAGGUUGAGGCUUCUCACCUCACACGUUCUUGUUCAUGUGUCUAUGACCAGCAGUGUGAGUCUUUUUCUAAAAGGUCUAUUUAAUUUAAUGUCUAAUUAGCAAGAAAGAAAGUUCCUCAUCUUGGGCUCUCCUGCCAAUAGCCCUUGUAUGUUAUGUACCUUACAGUUUCCUUAAGUAUGUUCUAAGCACAGAAGUAUCUAACUGGGACUAAAAUUCAGACUUGAAAAUGUUCUUUUAAUCACUUAAGAAGUUACACUUAGGUAUGAGUUUUGGCACAAUAAAGCGACAAAGUUACAGUUAAAAGCUCAAUAACUUCAGCUUGGUAUAAAAUGUGGCUUUUAGAAUAUGUUUGUGAUAGUUGAAAAUAAUUCUAGUUUACCUCAAAAUCUGAAAGUCUCUUUCCCGAAGUUAAGUGCCUGGCCAGCUGUCAUAAAUUACGUAUUCCUUUAUCUUUGUUAUUGUUGUUUUUAAACAUUGCACGUUCGAGAGUGUGAAAAUAAGAUGUUCUGUCUAAAGACAGAACUAGUAUAAUGAAUGUGGUAAAUGCUGUAUUUUCUCCAACAGCUUACUAUAGAAUGUUACUUGGUAAUACAACAUCAUACUUAUUACAGUUUUACUUUAGGAAUAUAAUAGAUAAAAUUAACCUCAGUUCAUUGAGUGGACCCCAUGUUUAGUCUCUCAACGUCCUUUAAACUGCUGUGAAUUUUUUGUCAUGACUUGAAAGCAAGGCUAGAGAAACACUUUCAAAAGAUAUUUUGGGUUUUUUUCCCCAUUCCAGAAUUUGUGGGCAUAAUCGUAUUUUGCUUUGUAUUUACAGUCAUGAACUCAAGCUGGCAGCUACAACCAAGAACCAAAAAAUGGUGCAUUCUGUUUCUUAUAAUUCAUCUCAUAAUAAAUUAUAAGAAUCAAGGAUAAUUAACUAGGGAAAAUAUUCUAUUUGGAUAGUUUCUUUAAACAAGGGACUAUAGUUCUUGUACGUUAUUUUCAUCUUUGCUGUUUCUUCAAGCAGUCUAAUGUGCCACAAAAUUAUUUUAAGGUGUGUGUUUUCUAUAAGAAUUAUUUUAAAAGUAUUCUCAUUAUCAGAGUGGUUGUUACUAUAUUUCAGAAUAUAAAAUGACUUUUAAAAGCCUGAGUACUGGAGUACCAAACUAAGAUGCAAUUGUAUGAACUCUACUCUGGAGGGAGGAGAGGGGCGAGUGUUAGUGGAAGUUGUAUAACUUGUAUUUCAGCGCCAUCAAAUAUAGGUUAAAACAUCAAUUAUGCAAGUCUGCUGUUCAAAUGGGAACUAUUGGCCUCCUUGGCCCUAAAUGAAAGGGCUGAUAUUGUAAGUUGGUUAUUUUAUUGUAAAUUAAUCCAUCCUAAUUUUUUAAAAUUUGGUUGAAUGUUUUUCUUGUUAAAUAAUGUUUAAAAAUAAAAACUGGAAGUUCCUGGCUUAGUCA